GUCGAGGCCGUCGUCCAGCCCGCGUGGGACAACCACUUCGCUGCCUUCGGCGGCCAGGACGUUAGCAAGGUCCUGCUCGACUACUGCGAGGAGUCCAAGAUCAUCGUCUACAACUGGCACGACGACACCGAGACCGUGUACAACGGGAUGGCUGGCGCCUGUGUGGAAAUCAAAAUUUUACGGCGCGUUCGUGCUGAAUCGUCGCGUCGUCCUCCACGCCAUCGACGCGACGCCUGCUCGAUGGCGUGGCGAUGCCGGUUCCUCGCCGCUCGACCGAGCCAGGACGGAGGCGUCAUUGCCGAGAAAUGACUUAGUGAAGAAUUGUCGGGUGCACCUGACACACUGGGUUGAUUUCCACACAGGCGGGCGCCAAGGAGUGCUUCACGGGCCUCUUCGCCGCGCUGCCCGAUCUCUCGGGCCUCGCCGCGCCGGAGAUCCACGUCGAGGAGGGCAACCCGAAGUCGGUCUUCCUCAUCUGGCGCUGCCCGAGCUCGGGCUUCGUGCACUGCACGGACACCUUCCUCUUCAACGACGCCGGCAAGAUCGUGCGCCAGACCGUCUGCAUCCUCAACCCGGGCGCGCCCGCGGGCAAGGCGCCGCUCUGCACGGAGCCGCAGGGCGGCCCGGUCCAGGCGUCGUGGGACAACCACUUCGCCGCGUUCGGCGCCCAGGACGUCGACAAGGUCCUCAAGGACUACACCGAGAAGUCGGUGAUCAAGGUCUAUAACCAGGUGACGGACGAGUUGGUCGAGUUCAAGGGCCUGAAGGGAGUCAAGGAGUGCUUCACUGGCCUGUUCAAAGACCUCUCCGACCUGUCGGGGCUCGCCGCGCCCGCGAUCCGCGUCGAGGAGGCCACCGAAGACAAGGCGGGCAUGGUCUUCCUCGUGUGGCGCUGCCCGAGCUCGGGGUACAACCACGCGACCGACACGUUCCUCUUCGACGCCGCGGGCAAGAUCGCGAAGCAGAAUGUUGUCAUCAUGAAGCCGGCGGCCGAGGCGGGCGAGCAGUAA